AUGGUUGAACUCAGUCUUGGCGUCUUUUUCCGCUCAUUUAAUGCAUCAAAAGUAAUUCUCUGCGCAUGUCUCCUGAUAUUUCUGGCAUUAUUCACACUAAAACUCGACGGGAGAGUGACUUUUAGCUACGCAUUCGUAUUCGCGCCACUAUGGGCGUGUAAUCUCAUCGUUUUCGUUGGUGCAAUUGUCGGAAUCUGCUCAUUUUGCUCGAAACCACCUUCUCGCAAUGAAAUCAUGAUGCGAGUCGAUUUUAUGGCCAUGUUGAUCACUGCCACAGAGCAUUUAUUCCUUUGUGCUUUUGUAUCGUUGGUUUUUGUUAAAUUGGAAUUCGAUUAUCUCUUCGAACCGGGCUACCCACUUCCAUGGACCAUCGUCUUCUGUCCCCUCUUCUCUCUUUCAAUUCUAUCGAUCGGAAUCGCCGUUUGGUCACUUCGACACGAUAAACCAUUCGAAUUUGAGUUCUUCUAUGCAAUCAAUAUUGUUCAAUUGGUAUUCAUUGCGUUCAAGUUGGAUAAACAGGUAAAAUUAUGA